CCGCCGCUGUCUCGUUCUCCGUGAUGACGUCCACGUCAAAAGUCCUGUGAGCGCGUGUAAACGCCGCCGGGUGCGGUGGCGCGCGCCUGUAAUCCAAGUUACCGGGAGGCUGAGGCUGGCGGAUCGUUUGAGCUCAGGAGCUCUGAGCUGCAGCGGACUAUGCCGAUCGGGUGUCCGCGCUAAGUUCGGUAUCGAUAUGGUGCUCCUGGGGGAGCCCGGGACCACCAGGUCGUCUAAGGAGGGGUGCACCGGCCCAGGUCGGAAACGGAGCAGGUCAAAGCCCCCGUGCCGCUCAGUAGUGGGAUCGCGCCCCUGAAUAGACGCUGUAGUGCAGCCGGAGUGAUACAGCGGGACCCAGUCUUUUACACUCAUCCAUAAACUGCUGUCACUACGGUGGCCGGGAAGUGCAAAGCAACAUUACAAAGACUGAAACACUUUUGCAAAGCUUGAGACAAAGUUACAUUUUGGAAAACAUUUUUAGCCAACCAUAAAACACAAUUACAUGGGCGAAACACUUUUACCAAGGGCAAAACAUUUUUACCAAGGACAAAACAAAUUUACAUUUUAGAAUACAAAUUAGCAAGACGCAAAACACUUUUACUCGUCCCGAAACAAAUUUACAAACGAUCGAUCCCUCACGGAAAGGGAAUGUACCACAUACCGGAAGUGACGAGUGAACGCGGGUAAUAGGUGUUGUUGGUGAGCGCGGUUAAUUCGUGUUUUCAAUGUGGUGAAUAUGGCGUGAAUAUGAAGCAUAUAGGAAUUUAAGUUUUUGGUGACCGAACAUGGACUGCGACCGAGGGAUGUUUUGCCCGUUUUGUGGUAAACACAUGAGCAGCUUAACCCGGUUUUGCUUUACGUGCGGUCGGUGUUUGGAGUUUUUAAAGGACGCGAACCAGACGGAAACACCAGACAUACUGCAUCAUUGCGUUCAGUAUUUUAACGAGGGCCACUCGUACGCUGUAAUCGUGGACAUGAUGUCAAGUCUACACGGUGUAAACAUCAGCUUGAGGACGCUUAAAAGUAAACUGAACGAAGCCGGGAUGUACCGCAGAAAGGAUUAUUCCUCUCCAAACGCCGUGAGUAACGCAAUCAGAUCUGAACUUCGUGGACCUGGACAACUAUUUGGCUACCGCACGAUGUGGCAGGUACUUAAACAAAAGUACAAUCUUCGAGUGAAGAGAGAUGAUGUGAUGAAUUUCCUCCGGGAGCUCAAUCCCCGAGGGUGUGAGAGCAGAGUACGCAGAAGGUUUACAAGAAGAACCUAUCACUCAAUGGGACCUAACUAUAUGUGGCACGCAGAUGGUUACGACAAACUUAAGCCAUUCGGUUUGGCCAUUUCGGGAUGCAUAGAUGGAUUUUCACGUAAAGUAUUGUGGCUUGAAUGUGGACCAACAAAUAAUAACCCAACAGUGAUUGCUCAAUAUUUCAAGUCAUGUGUGCGAAACCUCGGUGUCAUCCCCAUGAGACUGAGGACUGAUUGCGGCACUGAGAACGGCAUAAUGGCUGCAAUUCAAUGUACCCUACGCCACCAUCACAGUGACUACUACUCUGGAGCGUCCAGCCACAUGUACGGCUCAUCUGUAAAUAACCAGCGUAUUGAGUCGUGGUGGUCUAUAUUUAGAAAGGGAAGGUCUCAGUUCUGGAUGGAGUUAUUUGCAGACCUUAGAGAUGCUGGAUACUUCAACGGGAGUCAUGAGCAUCAGUGCCUAUUGAGAUAUUGCUUUGGUGAGGUUAUUCAGAAGGACCUGGAUGAGUGUGUGAGACUGUGGAACAGUCACAGGAUUCGCCCUUCCAGAACAGCAGCAUGUCCAGGAGGAAUGCCCAAUGAACUCUACUACUUACCACACAGGUUUGGCUCCAGAGACUGCGGAUUUCAAGUGGAACAGGCUGAACUGGAUGCCCUUCCUGAGGCCAGCCUGUCAAUGACUCCUUGUGGGGACCCAAACAUGCAGGAAUACUUGGACCAAUAAAUUUUCUUGUUUCUUUAUCUAAAACAAGUGAUUCACAAAGAGAUCCCAGUUUGAGAGUCAUGGAUCUAAAACAUUUUCAAAAUGUUAACUGAGAAAAGAACAAUCUGCUCACAUACUGUAACAUUAUAAAAACAACUUUGGCAACUGCACUUUUAAAGGGAUAGUUCACCCCAAAA